AUGGCUUCUUUUACUACUCUUCUCUCUCUUCUCACAAUAGCCCUUCUGUCAUCUUCUUGCACAUCACAGUUCAUCUUACCAAUUGGAAAAGACCCAGUAACCAAUCUCUUCUACACUUCAAUCGGCAUAGGAACACCUCGACACAACUUUGAUGUAUUGAUUGAUCUUGGAGAAUCAAUGCUAUGGUAUGAAUGCAACAAUAACUACACUUCUUCAACCUUCAAUCCUCUCCCUUGUCAAUCCAAACUUUGCCCUUGGAAAAACCAAUGCACUGAAUGCAACGCCCCUUUGAGAUCACCAGGUUGCUCCAACAACACAUGUGAUACUCCCAUAAGCAAUCCAUUCGGUGUUUUACUGUUCUCGGGUGAAACUGGUGAUGAUGUUUUGUUCAUAUCAAACUCAAAAGUCUCUGGACUAUUUUCUGGUUGCACUGACUCAGAUUAUUAUCAUCUUGAUUUUCCUAUAAGUAAAGCCUUUCCUAAAGCUAGAGGAAAUUUAGGCCUUGGAAGGACACAGUUUGCAUUACCAACACAGUUAUCAUUAUCUUCUCAUAAACUUCAUUUGUCAUAUUGUUAA